AUGAUCGUUCAAUUCCAGUCGGACGGAGAAGAGACCACCUCGAACGCCGGCGUCGUUGCCGCUGAUGAAGUUGAAGUUUCCGCCAAUGCCACCGCAGGCAGCUCCAUGUCUGUCCUGGACGCAUUGAAGGGUGUCUUGAAGAUCGCUCUUAUCCACGAUGGUCUUGCCCGUGGUCUCCGUGAGGCUGCUAAGGCUCUUGACCGUCGCCAGGCCCAUAUGUGUGUCCUGAACGAGGGAUGCGAGGAGGAGGCUUACAAGAAGCUCGUCAUUGCCCUUUGCUCCGAGCACAAGAUUCCUCUCAUCAAGGUCCUUGAUGGCAAGAUGUUGGGUGAAUGGGUUGGACUUUGCGUUCUCGACCGUGAGGGUAACCCACGCAAGGUCGUCAACUGCUCUUGCGUUGUCCUUAAGGACUGGGGUGAGGAGUCCCAGGAGCGUUCCAUCCUUCUCAACUACUUCCAGACCGAGCAGUAA